GAUAUCAUUUCACAAAACACCAUUCGUAAUAAGGAAGUGAUAGUGAGAACGUUUUAACUAUGGUUGGAAUGAUACCACUAAUCCACGAAUGACAAGACGAUUUUUUUAAAUUCAAACGCUUGUGAUUCAGCUAAUUAAAGCGGUUGUGCACGUUGUUAAUAGGUCGGUUCAGCGGCUGAUUAUUGUUAGCAAAAAACCCACAGUUAGUUAUUGCCGUCGAUGCGGUUGUCCACUAACCUGUUUUCCAGUAUUAUUUUAUACUAGCUGUGGACCUGUGGUGAAUCUGCAUUUUAUUUUUUUGUAAUAAAUGACACUCAUCUAUUGGUCAAAUUGUUUUCUUCCUGAAUUGAUGCGACAAAAAUUCGGCCGGAUGCGGAUACAUCAACAUGCUACCUGUAUUUCGUUAAUCUUGGGAAUUGCGUUUAGCAGUUUUAAAACCGAUGCCAAAGUGCCAAAUGCACGAGCCGGAAGGAAUAAUGAAAACGUGACCAACAUCCACAGGACACAGGAGAUCUCAAAGCCCUCCAAUUCUUCAUUAAACUCCUCUUUUAUAUCCGCUGUCGAUUCUGUUACUAUCAUUUCUACAGUCACGCGCCCUUCCACAUCCUCUCCCUUUAUAACGGAAAGUAGCACGAAGUCACACAACAGCAUUUUGUCUUCCACAUCAAGCAACUAUACCUAUUUACAUAAAGUUUGCGGUACAACCCCGAUGCUAUGGGAGCGCAUAAUUGGGGGCUUCACAGCUGCGGUCGGAGAGUUUCCAUGGAUGGCUUCGCUUCGCAAGCGCGAUAGCUACAACACUUCCAUUCAUAAAUGCGGCGCGACAUUGUUACAUCCAGAAUGGAUCAUCACAGCAGCGCACUGCGCAUACAGGAUCCGGAAGCGCCGGAUGGUGAUACGGCUCGGAGCACUGGAUGUCGAUUAUGAUGACCAGGCCGAUGAUUCGCUAUCGUAUGUCGAUGCCAGAGUGGCUUCGGUGAAAAUCCAUCCAGAUUUUGAUAGCGUAACGUUUGAGAACGAUUUGGCACUGCUGAAACUGAGCGAGCCGGUACGCUUAGCUCCCAAUAUUGUGCCAAUCUGCCUAGCGCCAUUCAUGGAUUAUAUUGGCACUUUCGGGAUGCUAGCCGGCUGGGGAUUGACCAACCCAGACGAUAUGGUAGGCAGUUCUGUGCUCAAAAAGGUAUUUUUGCCAAUCGUGAAUACGACACAGUGUGAGCAGUGGUACGAUACUGCUGGCCGCCAUCAGAUCAUACAGUCUGAGUUCCUUUGCACAGGAUACCAAUACGGUGGCCGCGACACUUGUCAGGGUGACUCAGGUGGACCUUUAGUAAAAGAGAUUCACGGCCGAUGGAGCUUGAUCGGUGUAAUUAGCUGGGGUAUGGGAUGCGCUAGGGCCUAUCUGCCCGGUGUCAGUACGUUCGUUCCCGUAUACCACCAAUGGAUAGCCGACACAACUGGCGGUAGCGUAACUUUACCGGAUUUUUUUAAGAAAUAUCAAACCAACUUUACGCUCACUACUUCGAAAUAGAGCAUAACUACAUGUAUUACGAAAAACGAAGUAAGCGAUUAGUCGAAAGUGGCCCAACAGCACUGCUGCGAUUGUUUUGUAAUUUGUAACAGCUAGCGCUAGCUAACAUUGCUGCGGUUGUUGCAUUCACCUUAAAAAAAGUUCAACUUGAAAGGAUUAUUUAGAAAACG